AAGGGCCUCAGGGAGCGCGGGGCGACGCCGCCGCCGCUGCUCGGCUCGGUUCUGUCUCCAGGGCUGCGCCGGGGCCGGCGGCCACGGCAGCAAAGAAGCGGGAGCCACGCUCCACCGAGAGUUGGGCAGGGGAGCGCCCGCGCUUAGGCGGCGUCAUGGGCUCCCUCGCCGGGCCUCAGCGGGCACCAGCGGCGGGAACCCCCGGGCCUCCUUGCGGCCGAGCCUGAGCUGGCGACCCCCGGCUCUCGGGCACACUCUUCCUCCUCCCUUUUUUUUUUUUUGCCUGCUUUUACCUCCGCCGCUGUCACCGCUUCAGCUCUCCGUUAUGGCAACUGAGCCUCCAUCCCCCCUCCGGCUCGAAGCUCCCGGAACCCCCGAAAUGCGGACCCCUCCGGCGAGCGAGGCCGCCCCCGAGGGUAGCCCGCAGCCGGCGGACGGCAGGCUGCGCUUCCUCAACGGCUGCGUACCCCUGUCGCAUCAGGUGGCCGGGCACAUGUACGGGAAGGACAAAGUGGGUAUACUGCAACAUCCAGAUGGCACAGUUUUGAAACAGUUACAGCCGCCUCCAAGGGGUCCAAGAGAGCUGGAAUUCUAUAAUAUGGUUUAUGCUGCUGAUUGUAGUGACAGUGUUCUUUUAGAACUACGAAAAUAUUUGCCAAGAUAUUAUGGCAUCUGGUCACCUCCCACUGCACCAAAUGAUUUAUAUCUAAAACUGGAAGAUGUGACCCAUAAAUUUAAUAAGCCCUGUAUAAUGGAUGUAAAGAUAGGACGAAAAAGCUAUGAUCCUUUUGCUUCAUCAGAGAAGAUUCAGCAACAGGUCAGCAAGUACCCAUUAAUGGAAGAGAUUGGGUUCUUGGUGCUUGGCAUGAGGGUUUAUCAUGUUCAUUCUGACAGUUAUGAGACACAAAACCAGCACUUUGGAAGAAGCUUAACGAAAGAAACUAUAAAAGAUGGAGUCUCCAGGUUUUUUCAUAAUGGGUUCUGCUUAAGAAAAGAUGCUAUUGCUGCCAGUAUUCAGAAGAUUGAAAAAAUUCUGCAGUGGUUUGAAAACCAGAAGCAGCUUAACUUUUAUGCAAGUUCAUUACUGUUUGUUUAUGAAGGUUCAUCUCAGCCAACCACUACAAAACUAAAUGACAGAACUUUGGCAGACAAACUUUUGUCUAAAGGACAACUGUCAGAUACAGAAGUACUGGAGUACAAUAAUAACUUCCACAUGCUAAGUUCCACAAUGAAUGGAAAAAUAGAGGCUUCAGUAGGUAAAAGCUUGUCUAAGAUGUAUGCUCGCCACAGAAAAAUGUAUUCAAAAAAGCAUCACAGUCAGACUUCCUUGAAAGUUGAAAAUACGGAGCACGACAAUGGUUGGAAAAGCAUGUCACAGGAACAUUUAAAUGGAAAUGUACUUUCCAAACUGGAAAAAGUUUUUUACCACCUUCCCACUGGUUGUCAAGAGGUUGCAGAAGUAGAAGUACGAAUGAUAGAUUUUGCUCAUGUGUUUCCUAGCAACACAAAAGAUGAGGGAUAUGUUCAUGGGCUAAAGCAUUUAAUUACUGUACUGCAGAGUAUUUUAGACAGCUAAAUCCUUUGUUGCAAUCUUUUUAAAAGGUGGGCCAAUCAUAAUUGAGAGCAGUGGUCAAUAUCCCUGCACUUGUAAUACUAUGUAAAAAAUUUGUAUUGUGAGUCUACAUUUUAUUUGUCUUUAUACUUUUGGUAGAAGGGUUAAAUUUUUUAUAAUCUUACUCAGGAAAAGUAAAUAUUUGUUCAUUAGAAAACUAUGAAGAAUAAAGAAACUUAAAAAUG